CCACGAAACUUCAUCUUCUACCUCUCGAUUUCAGGCGAUUUCGUCGAUUCUUAAGAGUGAUUUUGACUAUCAAGAAUGGAGCUAAAGAGCAUUAAGGAUGCGUUUGAUCGUGUUGCGACGAAGCAGAAGCUUUCUUAUAGUAAAACAAAUGAGAUUGUUCACUUACUGUCUCAAGAAAUCGACAAGACGUUGUGUAUAUUACAGGAGACACCAUCAUCAGAUACUCUGCUUGAUCAUAGAUCUAUCCUUGCUGAUGUGAAGAAAGUGUUUAUGGAGAUUGCUCCUAUCACUCAACUUGAAGCUGUUGAGAAAGAACUACAUGCGGCUUUGACCAAGUACCCUAAAGUUUUGGAGAAACAGCUGAAUCCAGACAUAUCAAAGGCUUACAGAAACAAUGUCGAGUUCGAUACUCAUAUUGUUAACCAGAUAAUCGCCAACUUUUUCUACCGUCAAGGGAUGUUUGACAUCGGUGACUGUUUCGUUGCUGAAACUGGUGAAUCUGAAUGUUCCACUAGACAAUCUUUUGUGGAAAUGUAUCGGAUACUAGAAGCUAUGAAGAGACGAGAUCUUGAACCAGCUCUUAGUUGGGCAGUUUUGAACUCAGACAAACUAAAGCAAGCAAGGUCUGAUCUUGAGAUGAAGCUUCACAGUCUACACUUUCUGGAAAUAGCUCAAGGCAAAAACUCCAAAGAAGCUAUCAACUACGCGAGAAAACAUAUUGCCACGUUUGCAGAUAGCUGCCUCCCGGAAAUCCAGAAGCUCAUGUGUUCUCUCUUAUGGAACAGAAAACUCGAUAGAUCACCGUACUCCGAGUUUCUCUCCCCUGCUCUAUGGAACAAUGCAGUCAAAGAGCUAACCCGACAGUACUGCAACCUACUCGGUGAAUCAUCUGAAAGCCCGUUGAGUAUAACAGUAACAGCGGGUACACAAGCGUUACCAGUACUAUUGAAAUACAUGAACGUCAUGGCGAACAAGAAGCUUGAUUGGCAGACCAUGGAACAGCUUCCUGUCGAUGCACAACUAUCAGAGGACUUUCAGUUCCAUUCAGUGUUUGUCUGUCCAGUCUCUAAAGAACAGUCAAGUGAUGAUAACCCUCCAAUGAUGAUGUCUUGUGGACAUGUGCUUUGCAAGCAGACGAUCAACAAAAUGUCAAAGAAUGGCUCUAAGUCGUCUUUCAAGUGUCCUUAUUGCCCAACCGAUGUAGACAUCUCGAGGUGUAGGCAGUUACACUUUUGAAACGAAAGCUCGGGAAAAAACGUAUGACCGGUAUAAACUGGAACUAAGUUCUGAAUCGGUGAAAUCUGUGUCAAAAUUGUAACCUUGUGGUGUUCUCUGUUUCUUUUUUCAUGAAGUUUUUAAAAAGAUGGGGCUUUUGUGUACAAAUUGAUCACGGGAAGUUUUUAGAUGAUUGGACAUCCCAUAAGAUUGUGUUUUUGUGUUGCUCUUUGUUUGUUAAACUUUCUGAAUAUAGAAAUUCUUUCCAU